AGUCAGGGAGCCAGGGGAUCAAAAUUAAACAAUCGAGGGGUGCAAAUUAAUUUUGCUUCUAAUAUGUUCAAAGGACCCUAAUUCCGUGUGUCUGUGUGUGACUUUUGCAAAGUGGAUUAUAUUCUUCACAAUUUUCUUUGAUCAAGUCUAUAAAACAUCACCUAUAAAAUUGUUCUGUAAUUUAUCAAACUUUGACGUUAAAAUAGUAUUGACGUCAAAGGAAAGUACAUUAAGAUUAGUGAAGCCAUUACAAUGCACUUAAAACUUUAAGGCUAAAUAACUUGGAAAUGAGGUGAUGACGUCAGUAAUUUUUUACCGCGUGGGUAACUAGGGACCACCUGGAAUCUGAUUCAGAAAUAAAGGGUUGAUGAUGUCACCAAAAGACUUUAAAGGAGAGACGAACAAAAUAUUAUUUUGGUGGCAAAUAUACAGACCGGAGACAUUCAAAAACAAUUCGAACGCACAUAUUAUGGUGGCUUCAUCUUUAUUCACGAAUCUUUUUCCCUAUCUUUAUCUCACAAAGUAAAUAUCAAUUUCUUAAUUACGUUCUUUAUCUAUUAAAAAUUAAAAAAAUAUGUUAGUCACAUGUUGUUCUACAAGUUUUGCUAUUUUGUUCUUCAACUCUCCCUUGAUUCAUAAUUUUGAGCGUAUUAACCUGUGACUAUCACAAUAAGGAGAAAUAUAUUCCUUUUUUUAAUUCAGCCACCCGUUUAACAGACAAAAAACCAGCGCCACGAUUGGAUCUAGUUUGUUUUUGUUCUGCAAAUUUUUAGGUCAAAAAUUUACCGUUUUUAUGUAAACUACAUCAAAUUUAACUCUACGAAUAUUAUUAAUAUCAAAACAUUCUUAGUCUUUGCUUCUAGACUUUUUUUUUUAUAAUAGCUGUAACACUCUGGUCUUUAAAAUUAACACUGUCAUCAUGAACUUUUAUUCAGCAACCCUGUCGUAGCGCAGUUUACCUCUCCUUUAAAUAAGAUUGCUUAAGCCAUUGCAUUUCACUUUUAAUGUUAAAAGCUAAAUAAAUUGGAAACGGGUUGAAAUACCUGUCGUCCGUUAAAGUUCGUCGAAAGCACUUUUACCUGAUUUGCGUUUGAAUCUUUCUAUAAUAAAGGCAACGGGUGUACAAACUUCUAGAAAAAAUUUGUACUUUGAUGGAUUUUUGGUGACGUCAGCAAAACUGUUUGUUAAAAAAGAACACGAUUUUAUACCUUUUCUUCAUCAGCGUUUCAAUCUCUACACAUUAGAGGCAACGCGUAAAAAAUUUCCCUGUCCAAAAAGAAUUUAGUAUAUGCACUGCUGAAGCCAUCAAAACUCCCAAGACAUCGGUUUUCUACGCUUAUCGACUGGUAAGUACAUAAAAUAAAAGAGAAAACAGUUAAUGCAAAAAAUAUUUCUCUUGUCUGCCUCUUUGUGUUUUUAACUUGACCAAUUUUGAACAAAUCUGUAUUGUGGGUAUGCACCUGUUCAAAAAGAAUUGUAAAACUAAAAAGCUUUUCUUUAUAUUACCAAUGAGAUUUUAAGAUAUAACAAAAUAGCGCCGUUUAUGUGGGUUUUUUAAGUGUAAAAAAAAAAAUGAAUAUACAUAUAGCUAUUGUUACAUGUAAGGCCAAAAUCUACUAUAGAUUUCAGCUGUAAGCAAUCUCUACAUAGUUUUGAAGAGCAACUCAUGGCCUCUCAGUCGCAUUUUUUAUCGCUGUUAAAAAAAGUUUUAUUAUAAUGAAAAAUUUGGUUGACCUGUGUUCAUAAUUUUGUUGCAGUUUGACACUGAACAGACAUUAAAAGUUAGCUGAAUAUACCUACUCAAUAUACUACGUUGAAAGGUUUUUUUAUGGACUAUCGUUUCUCAAGCAGAGCAGUAAGAUUUUAUUGAGAAAAAAACAAUGCCCAGAUUUUAAUUUCAAAAUAGAAUGUCUACGAAUUUGUAAGUAGUUAGAAGAAGAUAUGCAUCGUUCGAUCACCACAUUUUUUUUUCAAUUUUUUCUUCUUCUUUUGCUCCUGUUGAUUCCAUCCAUUUAUAACGUAUGUGUACAAUCUCCAAAAGACACACACCUCAAGACAUUUUACUACUUUGAUAGCAACGAAACAGCAUGUAGAAUACAAAGUGGAUCUCUGUAUGAAGCACAUCGUUGCCUGUGUUCAACAAAACAGAAAAAUACAGUUGUCAACGAAAGAUUGAAACUUAAAACUUUGAUGUUAUUUUCAACAUGGUUGAAAGUCGAAGACAACCACAAUGAGCACUAUAUUGAGGAUGAAUAUAGCGAUUUGCAUUCGUUCGAACCUCAAUGCAAGAUAUCAAAACACUUCAGAACAUAUGGAGAGCUGGUUUUUACCUAUGAAAGCUAUAAAAAUAAUUCUGAAUUAAGACGUCCAUGCAAUAGUCGCGAUGAUUUGUCAAACUACAUUUACUUGCCCAAGAAAUUAAGCAAAGCCUUUCUUCGAAAGUUGUUAUUGUACGUGAGAACAGCCGACACACGAACGUUUAUAGUUUUGUGCUCACUCGAGUGUACUGUGAUGAUUUUGGAAACGGCUGUUCAAGUUGGAAUAGGUACACACGAGUACACGUGGAUUAUUCAUUAUCUUGACGUCAUUCCUUCGGGAACAGCACUUCCAAGCAAUUUGUUAAUUGUUACAGAUGAUGAAAAAGAAAUAACAAGUGAUGGGCAACAAAAAAGCAUUUGCAGUUACUAUUAUGAUAGCGGAAUGAGACAGAACGAAACAGUCGCAUUUAACAACGUUAUUACAGAAGUUAAAGGAUCAAAAAUAUAUGCAAAGUCUGACGGUUCUCAUCUGGUACUAGUUGGUGGGUACAGUAAUAAGAGAAUUCAAUUCAAUUCAAGGGCUGAAGAGAUACUAGAAUCUUUCCCUCACAAACAUGUAAAAGCCGUUCGAAAUAUCAGAGUUGUGACAAUUAAAGAUGCGCCUUUCACCAUGAUUCAUGAGCACUCUGACCAUAUCCUAAACCUUCGCGAUUUAACAUGCAACACUGGUAAUCUUUGCUGGCAAUACGAAGUGCACAACAAAACAAAAAUACGCGUGCCUUAUUGUUGCAUUGGGCAUUCCAUGGAUUUGCUGAAUAAAGUCGCCGUUGAUCUAGACUUGAUACCAGAUAUUUAUAUUGUAGAAGAUGGAGCAUUUGGUCAGGUGGUGAAUGGUAGUUGGGUGGGAUUAGUUGGUGAACUGGUUGCUGAUAAAGCAGAUCUUGUUGUUGCCAGUAUAUCAAUCAAUACCAAAAGGGCAAGGUAUGUUGACUUCACUGCCCCCUAUAUGCCAGGGGGUGUUUCCGUUGUAGUCAAAACGGAACAGAAAGAGCAACCGUUUUUCAAUUUCGAAGCAUUUGAGCCAUUGUCCGUCACUUUAUGGUUAACGGUUGUUUUCAUAACAUUCUUCUCAAGUUUUAUCCUUGUUUUAAUGGAAUCGAAGUGUUUCUGUCACCAGGUAAAUCCAUACCCAUGGAGGGAAAGCAUCACUUACGUUGUUGGGCUGUUAUUUCAGAAGGAUAUUGCAGGAAAGAAUCCGAACAAGCCAGCCGCUAGAGCAGUAUCUGUCAUGCUAGCACUAGUGCUUCUUGUCAUCAUGUCAUCAUACACAGCUGUGUUGACAGCAAUUAAAGUGACGAAUGAAAGUCGUUUGCCUGUUUCUGGAAUAAACGAUCCAAAGAUGACCAAUCCAACACAUGAUUUUAAAUUUGGUACAUUUGCCAACUCUGUAUUCACACAAAUGUUCUCUGAAAGUGAAGAUCCUGCUUGGAACCGUAUAGGAUCAUUUAUGAAAGCGUAUAAUUAUCCAAACCCUGAUGUAGGAUUCGCAAAACUGACUUCAGGUGAGCUGGACGCAGUGGUGCAUGACUAUUACACGUCACUUCAUUACAUGGCAAAAGAUUGUCGUCUUCAAAUUGCUGGUGAUAUUAUACCAGAGCCUGGGUUUGGAUUUGCCCUCCAGAAAGGAGCAUUACUAACCAACGAAAUUUCAGAUUUAUUUCGAUCGUAUAAUGAAAAUGACUUGUUAAAGAAACUAGAGCAGAAAUGGAUUGAUCGUUCGUGCAGAGAUGUAAAUGGUGGCGAUUCAGGUGAAAGAAUUUCUCAAAUAGGAAUCACGUACUUUGGUGGUUUGUUUAUUGUUGUAUUUGUGUGGACAGGUUUAUCAGGUUUUGUUUUGUUGGUAGAAAUUUUAGUAAAUAGAUAUAUUUUAAAAACGCGAUUCCGAGAAUCAUAUUUAAAGGCUUGCUGAGAUAAUAACAGCGGUUAAGAUUUUCUAUGACACUUGCUGUUCAUGAUAUAUUGCUCCAAAAAACUCAAGAAAAUAACUUCAAAAGACUAAUUCAAAAGAAUAACUCAAAAGAGGGCAAUCAUUAAGCAAGGUUUUAUAAAUGCUGCAUGUCUUACUGUGUUGGUUAGGACUACAGAAAAAGAUCUCUUUCGAUUGUUAAACUUAUGAGAGAGUAACCACAACUAAUGCAUUUAUAAUAAAUUUUUAAGCUACACAGAGGAGAUCAAAAAAAUGUAAUAAUAUAUAAGACAGUCGUCACAUGUUCACUUUUCUGUUUCUGGUGGAAAUGCAAUGUUUUGUUGUGAAAUAUCCAAAAAAAUCUCUUUGUUAUUAUGGUUUAUUAUUUCAAUGCAAAUGAAAAUAAAGGCUAAGAAUUCUGCCUUUUUUGUAUCACAAAAAAAAAUAAUUGUGUGGUCACUUUCAAAAAUUAACUUCCAGAAAGUUUUUUGACAUUUCUGCGUGAUUAUAUGGGUGGGUUGGCUCAGUAUUGGCUCGGUUGACGGGUAUAAGCUUUUUUUAAAAUAAUCAUAUUUCAUGGGAAAAGUCAACCCGGGAUAUGAUCAAACCAGCAAAUUAAAAUUGUCCAUGAAUAAUUUGUUUACCAAUAGUUUUCUGAUUUAAUUUCAAGGUUUUCUGUUUUUGUUUUUGUUUUAACAAAAUCAUUUAACACAAAAUACACUGACAUAUUUUUGACAAAACGAAAC